AUGGCGGCCAAACAAGUCAAGCGGGACUUCACGGCCGAUGGGCCAAGCGUAUAUUUUAUAUCCGACUGGAAGAAAGACAGCGAGCCCAAGAGGAGCAAGCGCAAGAAGGUUGCUGCUAAGAACUUGCAAGAGGCAACACGCCUCCAAGUGGAACGCUGGAUUGACCAAGGCGCGCUUAGGCAGAACUUCGCAAAAGAGUCUCCUCGCCCCGUGGGCGUAGGAAAGAGCAGGGAAACGACUUCCGCAAACAUGGGAACGCAGGUGGAGCCGACGGAGCUGCAACGCUCCAGCGAGGAAGAAGCGUCGACGCCCACCACCGUCGAAGAGCCGGACCUGCAAUGCUCAUGGGACCGAGAUUUGCGGCCUCCCAUGGACGAACCGCUCUUAGGCGAAGUCGCUGAAGCGAUGUUCUGGAGCGACACCUGGGCGGAAGUCCCGUCGCUGCGCUCCUUCUCCGAGCCCACAUUUUUGGACAACCGGACGAAUAGGCGAUUGUCCAAUGUUAAUGCAAGGUUCCGGAACAUGUCGAUUGCCGACGAGAAGCCUUGA